CUCGCGCCCGCCACCCCUCCCCCAGCGGCGCGCUCCCGAGCCUCAGCUAAUUCAUUGUACCAGACAGACCGAGAAGGAGCCAGUGUUCUCCGGCGAAAUCCUGCGAAAAACGAGCUCCUACACACGUAAACUACAGACAUGGCGGCGAUCCGUAAGAAGCUGGUGAUCGUGGGCGAUGGCGCUUGCGGAAAGACCUGCCUGUUGAUCGUCUUCAGUAAAGACCAGUUUCCCGAGGUGUACGUCCCCACCGUGUUCGAGAACUACGUCGCCGACAUCGAGGUGGACGGAAAACAGGUGGAGCUGGCUCUGUGGGAUACCGCUGGUCAAGAGGAUUACGACCGACUGAGGCCUCUGUCGUAUCCAGACACCGACGUCAUCCUCAUGUGCUUCUCCAUAGACAGCCCCGACAGUCUGGAAAAUAUUCCCGAGAAGUGGACUCCGGAGGUGAAACACUUCUGUCCAAACGUUCCCAUUAUUCUGGUGGGAAACAAGAAGGAUCUCCGCAACGAUGAGCACACGCGCAGAGAGCUGGCCAAGAUGAAACAGGAGCCAGUGAAGCCAGAGGAGGGCAGAGAAAUGGCCAAUCGGAUCCAGGCGUUCGGCUACAUGGAGUGCUCGGCCAAGACCAAGGACGGCGUGCGGGAGGUGUUCGAGAUGGCCACCAGGGCGGCGCUGACGGCACGCCGCGGCAAGAAGAACAAUAGAUGUGCGCUCCUUUAAACGCACCGCACAAAGCUGCUGCGUCCGGACUGUUUUCACCCGGGUUCAGACCUGGGACUAGGGCUUCUACUGGGGGUACCACACGAUGUAUACGGCUCAACUGAACCGAGAGAGGAGAGAGGAUUCACUCUGUCACACUCUGAGCGCUUUGGGACAUUUUAGUUUCACCAGUUAAAGCUGCAUUGUGUAACUUUUCUGGUGGAGAGUCUGUCAAAUGCUUGUUAUCAUUUCGUCUGUAAUGUUUCACAGUAUGGCAUUAAACCUUUCAAUCUUCAUGUAUACAAAACGAGACCAAGGUUACAGGUCAGAUCUGUGGAGAGGCGACCCCGCUCACAGUCCAAAUUCCUGCGUUUUUCUGUUUUUUUUAUUUAUUUGAGCAUUAAAACCACAUGUAAUUUAAAACAUGUAAACUACAGCUGUUUAAUGUCGUACUGCGGAACACUCCUAAAGAAACGAGAAGUUGACAGCCCCUCCAAACAAAAAGUUACACAGUGCAUCUUUAAAUAUCUUAGUGGAUCAGUGUGGAUUCGAGCUAAAUCUUGGAAAAAAAAUAAAAUGAGAUGGCAGUCGCCGUAAAAGUUGAGUUCAAUGUCCGUUUUUGUGUCUUCAAAACGCUCCCGUGCCGACGCGAGUGAAUCUUUACCUCCAUCCUCCUCUGUCACGGAGAGACGGCCUCAAACCAGGACUAGACCCAAGGAGGUGGAUCACAUCUCGACUCACCCGGAAUACGAGGACUCGGAAUCAUUUAAGGACUUUUUAACAAAUAUUAUUCCAAGUGACGCGAGUGGAUUCAUGCAUGUACGGAAGACCAGAAGAGACGGGACAAAAAGCGCUGUUUUAGUGUUUUCAAAUUCAAAUGCAAAGUCUAGGUAGAUGCUGUUUCAGCCAGUGCAGUUUAUACAGGGAAUUUUACAGAUAUUGGGAGAGAAAAAGGAAGGGUGAAAGGUUUGCACUAAAAAAAUAUAGGUCAAAAUACUGGUCAAAAUAUUGGUCAAAAUUGCAGAAUUAAUGAAAUCGCUGUUUGUAGUUUACCAGCUUCUGUAGUGGAUUGUAAACCAAGAAAAAAUCAGCAAUUUUCACUAAAAAUUGGUGGAAAAAACAUCUUGAAAUUGCAUGUAAUUUGAAACUGCCUUAUACCCUUUUAUUGGCGUUAAGAGUCUACCAUUACCUUGUCCUAUCUUUCUCUUUUCUUCUGUUUUUUUUUUUUUUCCUCCUUCAGACUUCGUCCUGAUUUGACGCCUUUAAAUUUUUUGGGGGGGCGGAGCCUAUUCCAGAUUUUUUUGUUUUGUUUGUUUUUUAGUUUUUAUAUUUUUUAUUUCUCACUUUUAAGAUUAAAUGUUUAAAUUCUAUCAGUAUUUAAAAAUAGGAGGUGGUUCUGUGUCCGCUUUUUGGUUACUUUCUGUGCUUUUACCGGGCCUUUUUUUUUUUUUUUUUUUUUUUUUUCACCCACAAAAUUUUAAUCUCCUCUGAUUGGUCACUUCCACCUGUCAAUCAAACCUGCCAAAUGCUGUAAUAUCUGGAAUGUGCUGGUUCUAUUUCCGUUUGUGAUUUGACAAAACAUCUGGCAAAAAUUAUGUACAAAUCGGUUUUAUUCCUUUUUAAGUUUUAUUGUAUUUUUAAAUUUGUGAAAUGGAAAAAAAACAAAAAAAAAAACAAGCUGUAUGCAAAGUGUAAAUAACUUGACGCACACGACGGGGUCCGUAUUUGUAAACUAGCUUCGGUUUGUGUAAUAAAUGACUUUGUAUUAUAAAA